UCACAGUCGCUUCAAUAGUCCGAAGCUGUAGAAGAGUAGUGAAAUCGGUUCUCUCCCAUCAAAAAGAAAAUAAAAUAAAAAAAAACAAAACAAGAAGAAAAUAAUAGUCAAUGUGUUCAUAUUCAAAAUAAGAGUUUAAAACUAUCAAAAAAAAAAGAAAAAUAUCCUACAAAUAUUAAAAAGACAAUAAAAAAGAGUGCAAAUAAAAUGAAAAGUAAUUGAACUAAAAAAAAAUUACAUUGAAACUCACAAAAUCAUAUUGAAUGGUGACUUUACAAGGAGCAAAUCUGAGUGAACAUUUUCAAAAUCUCAAAACUGUGCAACAUCAAUUGUUGCAGUUCAAUGACUCUUGCCUAGAAAUCAAUAAAACCGAGUUGAUUUUCUAUAAAAAACAAGUGAUUCUCAAUAUUCUGGAAAUUUGUCAAGACUGUACAAAGAUGGCAGCUUUACCACAGGGUGCAUUUUUUGCAUGCAAGCUACGUGAGCAAUAUAGAGAUCGUGACCUUAUAGUAUCACGUGUCAAAUCUGGAGGUGAAAAGAAUGAUGCCAAAUUUUUUAGCGGAAAUAAAAAGCUAAUGGAAUACAGCCCUGUUAAGUAUAAUGAAAAGCUAAUGAACUCUAUCUGGGGCUUAUAUAAUCGCUAUUCUCCCCAUAACAUAAAAAGCAAUGAAAUCGCUUCCCAAAAUAAUAGCUAUAAUCAGCAGCAGCAGAAAUCAGCUGCUGCUGCUAACCAGACCAUUGCUCCAAAUAUGGCAAUGGCUGUUACAUCCAGCAUGGAGUGGAGUUAUAAUAAAAAAUGAUAUGUUGACUGAUUUUAAAAUCUAAUUUUAUU